GCCACGGGGAGCGCGAGGUCAAGCUGGAGGUUCUCGACGCGGUGAAGUGCAAGCUGGCGGGCAUCGGCAAGAAGGGCGGCAGGCCGAGGAACAAGGGCAAGGAGCUCAGCCUGGCCUCCGCCGAGUGCUGCGAGCUGGAGGCCCAGCUCACAGCCGCCCGCGCCGACCUCGCCAUCGAGGAG